CGAGGCGGCUUGUUCAUUGGGUUAGGCUGCGCUGAGGGAGAUGAGAGAAGCGAGGAGCUGAGAGAUGCGGACCAUGGUGAUGGAAAGACAGUGACCAGAGGCAGCCAGAGCUCAGAACAGAAGCUGGGCAGCUUCCACCAACGUUCACAGCUUGUAUAAAGAACGGCUCCACAGGAUGAGCAGCCUGGGCAUCGGGAGGCAUCAUGAAUCCAAGCGCCAGGUAUUGGCCCCGCACCAAACGCCUGCAGACCUACCAGCAGGGAACGCAGCAUCAGCCGUAGGAGUGGUGCAGGAGUUGGAGGAGCUGCGGGAAAUGGUGAUGAAUAAAGAACUUCUUGUACAACAGCUGCACAGCCAAUUGAGAGACGCCGUCCACAGCCAGGAACUGAGCCGCAUCGAGGUCCUGGAGAAGGACGCUCGGCUCCAAGAACUGCAAGACACCAUAACAGAGCUGCACCAGGAGAUUUCUCUCAAGGAUUCGAAGGCUUUAAUUCAUCUGCAAGAGAAACACCAUCUUGAGAACCAAAUCAAAGCCUUGAGCCAGGUUGCUAACAACCCUCCAGAAACCCUUUCCACAGAUACUCACUCCACAAUAUCCAAAAGUAACGAACUUCUGAAAGAUGAGUUGGAUCGUAGAAACGCGGAUCUAAGGGAAGCUCAGAGUGAGCUGCUUACAUUACAGAACACCAGAGAUGUCCUCUCCUCGGAGCUUGAUGUUCAGGAACAGCAACUUUACAGGCUGCAGAGAGAACUGAAGGAGAGGCAGGAGGAGCUGGAGCAGAGACAUGUCCGAAUACAACAGCUUCAUAAAGACCUGAAUAUCUCCUCUACCCAAAGAGAUGAGGCCCAUCGACAGUUGUCUGAAUGUAACCUGCGCAUGUCCCAGCUGGAAGGGGAGAACUACGCCUUGAGAGUGCGACAGCGGGAACUGGAGACCGAGAUUGAUAAACUUCGAGAAGGAUCUCUGUACAUCCCGAGAGAAGAACCUGUCCAGACGUCAUGGGACCAACAUCACCGAGAGCAGCUAGAAGAUCAGCUACUAAGAGCAGAGAGUACAGAAAGGGAACAUCUCAUGUUAAUUCACCGACUGAGGGCAGAGCUGCAGGACGAGAUGUUCACGGUGGGUACCAUGCAGGAGGAGCUGCAGGGGACACAGGCAGAGGCUGCCUCUCUGCGGGGGAGAUACAGCAGCUGUCAGAGAGAAGCAAUGGAGCUGCAGCAACGUGUUCUGGAGCAGGAGAAGAAGAAUGCAGAACUGCAGAGGGAGCACCGCGGCACACUGGAGAGUCUUCACAGAGCCAGGGAACAGCUUGUGAAUCUGGAGCAGACGGUGCAGGAACUCCAAGAGGAAAAAGUGCGACUUCAGGAGCACAGUCAGCGGCUGGAGAAGGAGACUGGAGCCUUGCAUGCCGAGCUGGAGACUCAGAGCCUAACCUUAGGAGAGCACAAUACUGUGGUGGAAAGUAAGCUAAGCCAGAAGGAGCAGCAGCUGGAGCGCCUGCGCAGAGAAGUGCAGACUAUGAAGAGGCAGCUGCAAAAUGCAGAAGACAAGGUCCAGCAGUUGGAGAUCACAAAGGGAAGUCUUCAGGAAGAAGUGACGCUGCGUCAUGCCGAGAAGUCUUCACUCUCUGAGACCAUCCUGAGACUAGAGAGGGAGAUCCGAGAUCUUCAUAUAGAGAAGGAGGACACGGAGCAGAAGUUUCAGCUCCAGAGCCGAGCCACAGACAGACUUCAAGCCCAGCUUGCAACCUGCGAGUCUGAGCAAGAGACCGCGCAUGAGAAGAUCUCAUUGUUACAGGAGGAACGGGACUCUUUGAUGAACAAGGUCCACCAGCUUCAGAAGGAGAAAUCGCAGGGCGAGGAGCGUCUAAGUGAAGCCAUCCAGCAGACGGAGUCUCUGCAGAGCGACAUCACCAGAAGAGACUCGGAGAUCCAGACCCUCAAGGAAAAGCUGGAGAGAUCUGAGAGUGCUUUGGAAAUGGUCACAAAGGAGAAAGAGGAGAGCAGCAGAGAGGCCGAAUCCCAGAUUGAGCAGAGGGACAAAGAUAUUGCAUCUCUCCAGCAGGAGCUGACUGAAGUAAAGGAGCAGCACGAAACAUGUAAAGCACAGCUGAGUCAGUGUGAAUCAAUGGUGGAAGAGCAGAGACGGGGGAUAGCGGCUGUGACUGAGGAGCAGAGAGCGAGGGAGAAGGAGAUCUCUCAGAUCACCGGCACUGUGGAGAGACUGGAGCGAGAUCUCGGCAUCAUCAAUGAGAAGCACAAAGCUGCCCAGAAAGAGGUCUCCAGCAGGGAUCAGACAAUACUGAACAUCCGAACCGACCUCACCGCCCGAGAACAAGAGCUGCAGCAAACGAGGAGUGAGCUCACCGAACGUGAGGAGGAGUUGAGUAACACUCGCUCUAAGCUGAAAAACCUGCAGAGUGAUGUACACAGCCUCCAAGAGAUCUGCUCAGAGCGACAAAAUAGCGCCAUGGAAAAUGAAACCAUCAUACAGAGACUUCAACAGGAAAGAGAGACCAGUAUAGAAGAGAUGCAGAGGCUGCAGCAGCAGCUUUCCUCUUUGAAGCAGACACACCAGAUAGACACGGAGCGGAUGAGGAAUGACGCCGUGCGGCUCCAGGAGAAGCUGGAGACCAUUACCAGGAGGAAGGAGGAGCAGGAGCUGGAACUGCAGCACAGCAGAGUGAAGAUGGAGAGACUGGCACAGGACCUGAACCUGGCACAACAUCUACAGCUGCAGCUAGAGGAGCAGAUGUCACACCGAGAUGAUGAGCUGCGUCAGCGGGAUGAUGAGUUGCAGAAGCUGCAGUCACGGCUGUGGGAAGCGGAAGAGAGAGCGGUCAGUGCCGAGAGUCAGUGCAACUCCUCCAAUAGCAGCAUGGAGCUUUACCGCAGCAAGUACCAGGCCUGUGUGAGCCGAGCGGGAGAGCUGGAGGCCAGUCUGAGACAGAUGGAGGAUGAAGUGCGGGACAUGAAACAAGAGGUGUCUGAGCGGGAUUCCCGUCUGUCCGCCCUGCGCGGGGAACUCCUUGUUCUGCAGCAGGAGCUGGAGGGGAAAUGUACAGAACUGGAGGGCUGCGAGGAAGCCAUUGAUCAGCUAACUCAUGAACUUCAAGAAACGCAGGUGGACCUAACAUCUAGCCGGGAACACGCGCAGCAGAGCGAAGAGAUCCUGCAAUCUGUGCGAGAACAUGCUGCACAAUUACAGAGCCAGGCGGUGGAGUUUGAGGAAGACCUUGUGAAGUUGCAGACGGACUUCUCCUCCUAUAAAGCGACCCAUAGAUACAGCGACAGCAGCUAUGCGGACAUGGAGAGGCUCGUGCGCCAGCUAACACAGGAACUGACGUUGUCGGAGGAGGAGGUCCAGAGACGGAUGCAGGAGACGGAGCGCAGUCAGGCUCUCCUGAUGGAAGUCAAGCUGGAUCUAACAAAGGAAAGAGAGCAGAGAAGCAGCACUAUGAAAGAUGUGGAGCGGCUGCAGCUGGAGGUCACUUCAUUUAGAAGAAACACCGAAACCCAAGUUCAGGAGCACAAGCGACUUGUGUCCGAGCAACAGCAGCAGAUCCAGAAACUUCAGGAGGAACUAAAAGAGAGCAACAAGCUGACCAGCCAUAAAGAGCAGGCAAUCCAUAAGCGGGACGCUCUCCUGCGUCAGUCAGAAGCGGAUCUUCUUCAAGCUCGCAGCACCCUGAAAUCACUCAGUCAAGAGAUCGAGCGCCACCAGGAGUCUGCCCGGGGAAUGGAGAGGAGAGCGCAGAGUACACAGAGGGAGUGUGAGCAGAGAGACAAGGAGAAUACCGCCCUGAGGACAGAAAUGCAGGAGCUAAAGAAGGAGCUGCAAGAGACCUACAAACUCCACAAGGAGGCAGUGCAGACAUUGGCGGGACAGGAGGAGAAAACUCUUCUGGUGGAGAGCGCCCUCCAGAGCACCCAGGAGCAGCUGAGCGAUCGCGUAGCUGAGGUGGUGAGGCAGGAGCAACACGUACGCAAGUUGGAGAGCGAGAUGCGCUCAUUGAGGGAGCGAGUGAUUGCCAGUGACGAGGAGCUGGAACAAUGCAGGACACUGGUGGAACGCCUGAAACUGGAGCUGAACGAGGCAAAAAAGAGGCACCAGACAUCAUCCCAGGAAGCCCAGAGACUGCAGCAUUCACUGAGCAAACUACAGCUGGAUCAGACCAGUGACCAGGAGCAACGCAUCGCUCUACAGCAACAGCUCCAGGAACAUAACACAAGUCAGCAGUCUCUCAGGUCGGAGUUGGAGCAGCAGCAGAGCCGACACGAGGAGCUCCAAAGACAACAUCACAAGGCCAAGGAGCGAGAGAAUACACUGCAGAGAGAGGUGGAGGAGCUGAGCCUGAGGGUGAAGCACUCGGACCGCCUACUUACAGAGAGAGACCGAGCACUACAAAGCUUACAAAGCAGCUACACGCAGCUGGAGAGAAGAUGUCAGUCUGCUCAGGAGGAGGCCAGAGACGGCACCUCUCAGCUAGAACUGACCAAGAACGCUCUGCAACAAGCCCAGAGGAAGAUCCAGAGCCAGAACCAGGAGUCAAAGCGCCUUGAGGAUUCUCUGAUACGACUGCGAUCGGAGGAGGAGGCAGCGCAGAAAACAGUGAGAGGGAGGAGCCAGGAAUUAAACACUGCGCAAGAAAGUUUGCAGGAACUGAAAAACCAGCUGACUGCUACGCAGGCUGCCCAGCGUGAGGCCAGAGAGCAGCUCAGUGAGAAGAACAGAGAGCUGGCCGCUGUGAAGAAUGAGCUGCAGAGGAGCCAACACAGGAAGGCGGAGCUGGAAAGGGAAUGUAUGUCUCAGGAAGAGCGAAUCCGCAGGCUGAGCGCAGAGAUGAGCGCCGUACACGAGCUUCAAAAGCAGAAGGAGCAAGAGGUGGGGGCAAGCGAGAGCCGCGCCCGAGAGAUGAACAAUCAGCUGAAGCACUGGCAGAGGUUGCACCACGAGCAUGCGCACAAACUCAAACAAAGAGAAGACGACGUGAGGCAACUCCAGGAACAGCUCACAGUAUUGAUGGAGAAGCUGAAAACGGAAGGCAAAGAGAGGGAUGAUCUGCAGAACACCAUGAACCAGCUAAAGGUGAAGUACAACGCGGCCACCAGCGAGCUGGAGACUCUGCGAAGCUCCCUGGAAGCAUCGCGGGAAGACUGCCGGCGGCUGCACCGCGAGAGUGAACUGGUCGUCUCCAAUGUCAAUGAUUGGGUCGGUGAACAAAAGGAAACCAACAAAUCUCUGGGGGAGAAGAUCCGGGAUCAGAGUAAGCAGAUCCAGCAACUCUCUACAGAAAAAGAUCACAUGCAGGAGGUGAUUGAACAGUUGCAGAGAGAGAACAGACAUCUGAGGAGCCUAGAAGAUGAGAGGCGCAUAGAGCAUGAGCGCUACAAGCUAUCACUGCGGCAGUCAGACUUGGAACUCCAUCAUCCCUCGGAGGACCCGGGGUCUCUGCGCUCGGCCAGAAGAAUAUUCACCAGCGCCGGCAACCUGAGGACAAAACCACGUGGAGGAUCAUAGUGCCAAGGUCAUGCCCAUCUACUACCUAGACGCCGGUCACCACAGAGAGCACAAUGACACUAAAUGUAGAGACGCUGCUUUUACUUUAUCACUUUACAGACCAUACAAGUGCCAAGACCCCUGGGACCCCACACAGGUGCCAAGACCCCCGGGACCCCACACAGGUGCCAAGACCCCCGUGACCCCAAACAAAUCUCAGAACAAAGAAGCUCUAUACACCGGGGACUCCUAGAAGUGAUGUCAGGCAAGGAUCGCCCUCGUCCACAUGAAAAGCAGACGCCUCAUUUGUCACUUUAGGCAGCAAAUACCCUUCCCACUUUGUACAAUGCAUGGAAGUCAUAGAUACAAAAGAGAACCUGUCACUAGAAAACUGGCCUGUACCGAACACCGUGCCUAUUGUAUACAGAGGUGCAGAAAACACGCACAGUGCAAAUUAGGGCAAUACUACAAAGACAUGGAGUCUGGAAUAAGGUCAGUUUCUUACGGACGGGUUCCAAUCACCCAGGAGGCAGACAUUUUAUUAGCAAAACCAAUAUCUGGCCCAUUGUAACCAGUUCCUUUUUAUGGCUCAUACCACAAAGAAGAACUGGUGUCCCUAAUUUAUCAGCACUGACCCGAGGUCCAAAACCGGACCCGGUCAAAGUCGUAUUCCAAGUUCCCACUUUAAAUCCAAACCGGUUCACAUUAAGAGUCCCUCGGGUAACAUUGGUGAAGUGGCACCUACAGGUAUCAGUCCGCGAGUCUCUAUGGAGCCCAUUGGGCUUUAGACCCAGGCUGCAUACAGGGCCUUAAAGGAUAGGUUCAUCUUCAGGAAAAUGUUACAAGUUCCACACGUUUUUAGGGCAACCACGUUCUGGUGAGGGAGGGACGCCCCUUUAGAACAGACCAAUCAGCAUGCUCAGCCAUUAGCUGAACGGGCUGAUUGGGGGCCGGUCAGCAGACCUCUUCUGAUGGACCGGCUGCAUGAGCCAAGGUCGGCCGCUUUCUAGUGAACUGACCAAUGCCUCCCGACGUUCAGCCUGUGUGUACGGGGCUUAAGACUCACAGUUGACAAGAGAGGCUCUGGUAAGUGUAUACUAUAGGACAUGGAUAUGC